CAAAUGCAUUUUUUUUAUAUAUCCUAGGUCCAAUGGAAACAAAAUAACGGGUAUGAAUGUUGUUACACAUACAAUAGACAUACUACAUACCGGUUCAGUUGUGAAAACCUCAACAACCCCAUGGGAAUAUCGUCAAACCACCCAUGGUAGAUAUUAAAGUUAUUAUACUUCGUUAUUUAUUUCAGAAACCUACAAUGACCUGCCGACGGGCGCACAACAGUUCCGUUUGGUGUGAAGGCCUGUCUUUUCGACCGGGGGAGGGAGGGCUCUCCAAGCAGCCCUCCGGGUGUGUACAGUAGUAGUAGUAGUAGUAGUAGUAGUAGUAGUAGUAGUAGUAGUAGUAGUAGUAGUAGUAGUAGUAGCAGCAGUAUAGGGCUACUUUGUGUCGGAAGCAGGCCGCGGAGAUGUGCGCACUCGAGAGCACCAAAUCUGUAAAACUUAGGAGUUUCGGGGAAACUAACAAAUACGGAGUUGCCGCCAAAGAUUUGAAAGAAUUGCUCAAAAAGGGUUGCAAGUUGUUAAAGAAGCCGAUGAAUUGCGCUCGGGUCUGCACGUACGAUGACGGGACCGAGCUGACGGAGGAGUACUUUAAAACUCUACCGCGUAACGUGGAGCUGGUGCUGCUAUCGGGGGACGAGGCUUGGAACGGAUUCAUGGAUGAAAUCGCUGGACUGCUGAGCAAAGACCGGACGUCAAGUCAGCUCCUUGAGGCGGCGAGGCAUUUCCGCUCCGAUGAUCGGUCCGCCAAGCGGCGUAAGCUGCUGGCAGACAGUCUGGUCGGCCUGGAGGAUCACUCAGAGAUGGAGACCAGGGAGGACGACCAAGAGUGGUUUGAAGGCCUGCUCCCGCGUUUCAAGACCAAGUCGGCCUACAUGAAGUCCAACUGUGAGCGCAGAAUCCGGGGGUAUAUGACGGAGCUGGAAGUCGCGAAGAUCAGCAGCCAGAGCCCCAGGGUGAAGGAGGAGUUUGCCAAGACGGCGCGUGGCAUCACAGACCUCCUGAAGGCGGACAGGUACAACGGACACUACUUCGACCGCAGCGAGGUGGAGGAGAAGAACCGCCUGUGUACCGCCCAGGGCUGGUUCACCUGCCAGGGGGCUUUUGACCAGGACCUAUGCAAGUCCCUCCAUUCCAUCAAUCCCUAUGGCAACAAAGAAAGCCGGAUCAACUUCGGCACAUGGAACCUGGAUCACAGGAUCGAGAAGAAGAGGACGGUGAUCCCAGCGCUGGUGGACGCCGUGCAGAACCACCAGAGCAGCGCCAUCAACCUCACCUACUUCUACCGCCUGCUGUUCACCACCGACAACCUGAGGCUGGUGCACUUCGUGUGCCACAAGAAGGUGCCCCACCUCCUGCAGUGCGACAGCAAGAAGAUGUACAAGCGGGCCACCAAGACCCCCAAGCCCAAGACCCCCGGCAAGGGGAAGCGCCCUCGUAUUAAAUGAAUUGUUUGUUUAUUAAAGGGUGAAAUAACA